CCCUGUUUGUACUUGAAUAAAACUAAUAAUUAAUAAAUAAUACGUUAGUGAAUAUGUCAAAACCUAAAGAAAAAGAACCCGUGGACAUAGUGCACCAAAAUGCGAUUCACGUCGAGACUAUAAUGAAGGAGUUGAGACACCAGAAGCUUCACACAGAGUUUAAUAUCAACCCAUUCAAAAAGCUGCACAUUUUGACCGAUAAGCCCAUGUCUGAAGUGUCCCGUGGAAAAGAAGAGGAGGAUCCUGCUUUUCUCCAGAUCAUACACGGGGCUCGUUUGGAACCAACAAAGAAGUACACGCACCCUCAGACUGAAGCACAAGAGAUAGGCUGGAUAUCCAGUCCUCUGCUUGUUUCAGAUCGCAACGACAGGAGACUAAACUUCCCACGGCAGAACUCUGAAAUCACUAAAUACAUGGAUGCUGCCUGGCGCCUGAAGGAGCAAACACAAAAUCUUGGGUGACAGUUUGGCUGUAUCUCCCUGAAGCUAUUACAAUACUACCAUAAAACAAGCCUGGAUAGACUGUGAGCACUACGAGCAUGCGUUAAUGUCAUAAAUAAACUCUACACAAAGUGCAAAAUCAAAUUUGUUUCUUAGAAAUGCUCAGUAUUACAGUAAAUAUUCAGUCAUGUUCGUGUCUCAAAUCUAAGCUGCCACUUAGAUGGUGUUUUACCUGUCUAGAUAGGCAGCCAACUAGGUUUUAAAACAUAGCCAUGGUGUUUAGAAUUUCAGUCGUGUACAGUAUCUGGAGAUAUGUAAAAGUGGGUCAAAUGUGCACCAUUCGUCACUAUAAAUGUAACCGCACCUGCCCAGCAGAACCUCCACAUAGUAAGCAAAAGAGAUUAGUCCACACUUAAUCGAUCCUAGAUAAUGUCAUAUUAUACAGAAAUAUGUUUCACACAGCAUGCUAUACAAGAAACAUCCAUUACUGUGGCUAUAAUCUACUGCCUGUUUAUUGGAACAUGUUAUACAGUAUAUAUCAGCCACUCAGGUCAAGAUA